AACGCCUAAAGGAGACCUUGCUGCUGAAUCCAAUACCGGCCGGAGAAAGAGGAGGACGGGUUUCACUUUCUGGGUUGGCCAAGUCAGUUUUCGUUAAGGGGAAGGGGCAAAUAGAAAAAGAGAGGGUGAUGGUGUUUAUGGGCCAUGCAGAUUCAGUAAAAAAAAAGAAAAGACAUCUUGGCUGAUGAUGAAUUAUGAUAUAAGGCUACGCAAUUGCAAUCUGCAGUAUGUAAAGUAAAUAGAGCGGAAGACGAAAGUUGAAGCCGAGUAUUACUUUGACUGAGCUCUAUCCUCCUCUUCCCAAGUUCCCAGUCUGGAAUUGAUUUUGCUAUUAGGCAAUAGAGGAAGGAGAGGCAAUCGGCAGGUCGAACUGUUGUUAAAGGUCUAACACUCAGUGUUUGCAGAAAGACACGCUUCUGUUUGUUUGUGUACCGAAAAGAAGACAAUUCUGUUAUGAUGGUUGCAUGCCUUUCAUGUACUCCCGAGGUUCUCCCCAAAAGUAACCUAUUCACCAGCUCUAGGGUAACCAAAUUUGGUUCUCAGGAAGCUCUCACCUUACUCCAAAAUUGCGCCACUUUCAAACAUCUCAAGCAAAUCCAUGCUAAGAUUAUCCGGAAUGGUCUUUCUCAUGAUCAAUUACUUAUCAGGAAACUCAUUCACCUUUGCUCUUCCUAUGGGAAAAUGGACUAUGCCACUCUCAUAUUCCAUCAAAUCCAAGGCCCCCUUACUUUUACUUGGAAUCUAAUGAUCAUGUCCUAUACCAUCAACGGCUGCUCACAAGAGGCCCUCCUUCUGUAUAGCCUUAUGAUACGCCAAGGAUUUCCACCCGAUAAGUUCACCUUUCCAUUUGUUAUCAAAGCUUGCAUUGCUUCUUCUGCAUUUGAGCAAGGAAAAGUGGUUCAUGGGUUAUCCAUAAAAAAUAGUUUCUCCAGAGACAUGUUUGUUCAAAAUACUUUAAUGGACUUCUACUUCAAGUGUGGAGAAAUAGAUUGUGGCUGCAGGGUGUUUGAAAAAAUGCGUGUACGAAAUGUAGUUUCAUGGACAACCAUGAUUUCGGGGCUAGUUGCUUGUGGGGAAUUGCAUGCUGCCCGAGCGGUUUUUGAGCGAAUGCCAGCUAAAAAUGUUGUUUCAUGGACAGCAAUGAUGAAUGGGUAUGUUAGAAAUCAGCAACCUGAAGAGGCUUUUGAGCUGUUCUGGAGAAUGCAGGUUGGUGGUGUUAGGCCAAACGAAUUCACGCUGGUAAGCUUGCUGAAAGCUUGUACCCAAUUGGGGAGCCUCAAAUUGGGUAGAUGGAUUCACGACUUUGCUCUUAAAAAUGGAUUUAAACUUGAUGUUUUCCUUGGGACAGCUCUUAUUGAUACGUAUAGCAAAUGUGGUAGUUUAGAGGACGCAAGGAGAGUAUUUGACGAAAUGCGAAUCAAGAGCUUGGCCACAUGGAAUGCAAUGAUUACAAGCUUGGGUGUACAUGGGUUUGGAGAGGAAGCCCUUGCCCUUUUCGCAGAGAUGGAGAAGCUGAACGUAAGGCCAGAUGCAAUCACUUUUGUAGGUGUUUUAUCUGCUUGUUUGCAUACAAAUAAUCUGGAGGCUGGUUGUAGGUAUUUCAAAUACAUGAGUAAACACUAUGGUAUUACGCCUAUUUUAGAACAUUACACUUGCAUGAUUGAACUAUAUGGCCGUGCUGAUAUGUUAGAUGAGGUACGCAAAUUAGUGCAAUCCAUGCCUGUAAAGCAAAACAGAUAUAAAGCAGAGGAGUUAGAUUGCUUAAGAGUCUGAGUUGGUAUAUGCACUUGAGAGCUUCAAGCACGAUCUGGGUUGACUAUCUGACUGAUAAAUGACUGGAUUUUGAUUACGUAACAAUAUAUGUGUGCCACAGCAAGACCAAGACCAAGGACAAGGUGUUGUCUUUGAAAAAAGAUAUGAAACCAGACUCUCAUCUCAUGGUUACAGAUUUGGCAAAUGAUAAAGCUUAAGCUUUGCGAGUGAUCAGACCGAGACCAGGUGUUUGGACGGAAAUGGCUUGACCUCCUUGAUCUUGGAAUUUUUCCUCGUUGAUUUGUAGUGCUCCUUCCUUUAUAAGUUUGUAGUACUAAUGAAGAGAGUAAUUUUCUGAACUGAAGAGACUGGUAAAUGUUGAACAGAGAGUUCCAUUCUUAAAUCAAUACCGUCAAUUGAAAUUUUGAUUUUGUGGGGGAAGGUCCAGUUUGAA